UGAUCAGUCUGCGAUGGUAGAUGUAUUUCGACUUUUCGUAUUGAUUAUCCAUCCAAAUUUGGAAUAGCUGGGAAUCACUUCAGUCUUCUUUGUUUUGAAACAGCUUAAAGACAGACUGUGUCACCACUCGCGCGCUAGUGGUUAUGUCUUCACGUUUGCGAUAACUUGUUUCCUUUUUCUUUUUAUUAUGUCCAUAGUUGGGGCCUGAACUAUUUGCAUUUGAGGCAAUAGUAGAAAUUGUUGGGUUCGGACUUGCAUAGGAAUGGAACGUUCCUACAGGACUGUAAAUUUGACGUAAUUGUGUGCUUACAUGCAGCCUGGAAUGGGAGACCUCAGGAGGAUGCUUGCUCUGGAAACCUCGUUGAUGUUGGUCCUGAUCUGCAGCAUCCCUACCGGAGCGAAUCCUGUGGGUAAUAUAAAAUUUGUAUACUUAUCAAGGAACUUGAUAUUCACUUAAAAGUUCAUAAAAAUUGCUAGUUUGAAGGGCAAUUAUCAUCUCGAUUCUGAGAUAUUGGACCUGAAAGUGUCUGUAAACAUAUCAUCAUAUGUGGUUGAUUUAGUGGCCAGGCCCACAUGGAGGAUUAUCAGCAGGAAAACCACAGGAUAAGUUUCAGGAACAUGCAUCAGAAACUGCGCUCAAUGCAAAAAGAUGUUCGGCCCCUACUUUGAAGGUCAACUGUGCGCAGAUGCCUGCAUAAAAUUCAAAGGAAAACUAAUUCCUGAUUGUGAAGAUAUUACCUCUAUAGCACCAUUUUUGAACAAAUUUGAUUGAAUUUAAACUUAGAAAAAAUACUUUUUCAAGAUAUGAAACGUAUGUCGACAUCUUCGCAGGCAUAUUUUAAGCAUGUUAUUGUGUACCCCGAAGACUUACAAAACUGGUAUUACCUAGUAAUAAAACGUCAAAAUUCAAAUAAUUGACAUCUUGAAAAAAAUGAAAUAUCUAUCCUCAGUUUAGGAAAUAGAAAAUGAAAAAGUAACAGCAAUUUUUACUUUCUAUGAAAAGGUUAAAAACCAAUAGUAUCUCUUAGAUCUUUUGAGAAACGAAGAUGUACUAUUACCCAUUCCUGAUACUUUUGUAGGAAUACCUAGUACUGCCGAUAUUAUAUUGUUUGCAAAUACAAAAAGGCUUUAAAAGUAAUAUGAGGUUCUUUUGAGCAAACAUUCGCUGGGACUGUUAAUGUUUUCAUGUAAAUCAUCCUAACUAUAGAAUUCAAAAACGCAUAUUUACCUAAUAAAGCUAUAUAAGAUAUGAAGUGUGAAUAUUCUAGUCAGUUUGUCCUAAAUAUAUGUUUAAUUUUUAAGUCUAGCUUAUUACUAUACAUAAUGUAAAACGCAAGCUAUAGCUGUUUCGUAGCUUACGAUUAUCCGCUUAUUGUCAUUUUUCAUUGAAACACUUUGGUAACUUUUGUCUUAUCCUGUUAUGCUAUUCGCCACAAUUUAUUUUUUUAUUCACUAAUUUUCGGUGAUGCUGAUGAAAUAUUUAGGUUUUUCCUUCGUUUUUUUUAAUACUUCACACCCCUGGCAAGGAAGUUACUAACCUUUUUUGGAGUCAGAUAUCAAUAUAGUAUCAAUACUAGAUUAUAAUUUAUAACAUCUACUACCUCUGUUUUUAGAUGUAACUUUCUUACAUAUAUAUGAAGGAUUAGUUUUGUACAUUUUUAUAUAAUUGUGAUCAAUAUUAGGCUAAUUUAAGAAUUUAUUGCGUUCUUUACAUAAUAAAGAAAACGUUGUUCAG